UUAAACUUGUAAAAUGUUGUCUGUGGUAUUUUCCACGGCCACAUGAAUGAACCGAAAGGCGUUUCUGUGAACAUAUAGAGAGACAGACCCCUGUGAACAGCUGUUGGUGCUGCUGACACGGCUUUGGGACACUCAAAACCGAGCGAGCUUACUAACGUUACUUAGACAGUCUUCUGGAAAACAAAGCCGACGUUUCGUUCACCGAGCAUCGGAAAUCAUUUUCCUCAGGCCCUGUGUUUUCAGAUGCAUUAGUUUUCCACACCUGACAUGCCAGUGUUUGUGGAAGACCCCGCUCUUUUCUCUAAAGAGAGGCUCAAGUCGGAGCUCAUGGCGCAUAAUGUGGAUCUGCCCCCACCGGAGAGCAAGAAACACGCUUAUGUCGAGCUUUAUCUCAAACACGUGAGGACAAACACCACGGAUUUCUCUAGCGACGAAGAGGAGGAUCAUCUCAGUGGCAGCGCCGAAAAGGAAGAGAAAGCAGAAAUGGUAGACCUGGGCUUACUGACUGAUGAUCAGCUAAAAGCCAAACUGCUCCAGUAUGGAGUCAAAGCUGGACCCAUUGUAGCUUCUACUAGAGCUUUAUAUGAAAAGAAGCUGAAAAGGCUGAUGGAUUCUUCAGCACAGGCCUCCCAGCACAGGGUCAAUGGCACGAGGGAUGCAGGCCUCUACUCAGACAAUGAGGAAGAGGAUGGGAGGGAGGAAGAGGAGGACAAGGACUCCUCCGAGUCAGAGCAGCUUCGGUCUGAUACGAUGGCCCGAACUGAGACCAGCAAAACGGCAAGCAGAACAGGGACGGUUAGUCAGAGCAGAGAUUUUUACCCACGCUGCUUUGUGCCCUCAGCUGGAUUCAUAAAUGGAAAGAUUCAGCACAAGUCUUCAGAAGCCAUCCAGAAUGAAUCUUUGAGUCAAAGCGGGUCCCCGUACAGAUCUUUCAGCAUCACUCAGAUGGUGGAAGAGAUUGAGACCAGAUUUAGUCCUCAGUCAAAACAAACAGAGAUUGAGAGGCGAUCUGGUUCGGGAAGCAAGCAGACGGUGGACAGCAGGGACUUCAUGAGACUGGAUAAAGACACCAUGACUGGCAGAUCUCUUUGUUUAACAUCUCCAUCAUCCCAUCAGAAACUAACAGUCACAGAACCUGUGACGGAUGUUCUUUCAGAGAUGUUUCCUGACACUGCCAGAACCCCCACUGGCAUCUAUGCUACAAAGAGACGGCCUAUAAAGGGAGCAGCGGGCCGCCCUGUGCAGUUUAAAUACCCUGAAAUGCCACUACUGAGUCCCACUACACUGGAGAGGCAGGAGAUUCAGCAGCGUCUGGUGCCUCUGUGGGUUCAGAUCAUGGUCUUCCUCCUGGUGGUCUGCAUGCUGUACCUCAUCUAUGCAUCCAUGGAGGAGCCUCUUUCCAAUACUUUCACUGAUCUACUUGAAGAUCUGCAAGAAGCUGCUCUCAUAUUCACCUCAGAGGACUAAUCAACCACUGACACUACAGCUUAGGUGUGUAAAACGGAUGCUAAAGAAGGUUCAUUCAAAUUUACCUCAGGCCAAGUGUCCUUCAGAUGAUUAUCUUUUUAAACCGGUAUCAGAGGAAACCGUGUGAUUGGACUGAAUGAAACCUAAAGAGAGCUACAUCAGAACACCUGAAUUCACUUGCUUUCAAAGAUCAUAUAGGAUGUUAAACUCGAAUUGAUGAGAUAUGUAGUUGGCUGAUCCUGUGCAUGGUGUUUUCUCUGAUAGAUCUUUUACCAUAGAUGUGUAUUUUAUACAGUUUAUUUGAGAUUUGAACUCCCACAGAAACAAUCACAUUCUUCUCCUGCAGUCUUAUACAGUUGGACUAAUGAGUCAUGGGAUAUCUUGCGGUUUUUAAUGUGUACUUUUUGUUUGUUUUAUUUAAAGUAAAUAAAAAUUGUUCUCCUGUGA